UUCGCCUUGUUUACCAGCCCGCUCGACCCAAAGGAGCAGAUCUCUCAACAGGUGUCCGCAGGAUUACAGUGAGGAUGUUCGCCUCUAACGCCUACAUGACGGCUCCACCAACAUAACAAGCCGAACAAAUGCAUUUGAAAUAGCUGUUGGCCUACGGAAGCUUAUUUUAAUUGGGGGCAAAGUUUUCCACCUUAAUUAAGUGCCUUUGUUUUAGUGUUUUAAACGAGCUGAGAUCUAUUGGGUCGCGUCUAUGCGCGUCAAAGCUAAACAUGGGAUUUGCUUUAACCUGGACCGGACUUUUCCUGUUACACUGGGUUUGUUAUCUACUCGGGAGAGCAUAUGAAAGGUGUUUUCACACCUACUUUAUCACGUUUCUGUAAGGUAAUAUCCCGAGAUUCCAUGCUCAGACUCGUUCCCGUGCCCCGCGUCCUAUUAAAUCUGUUCAAUUCAAAGCAGUUUUAUUCCAAUAAUAGUUUUUUUUUCUUUAUAAACUAGGCUAUUUCUAGCCUCCGGUAUCGAUACGCCAGGUUUCCCCAUCCUCUGAGUAAGGUAACCAGGAGAAAAGGGUGGAGACUUAGUUGAUCAUAGCUGUUGGGAAGGGCUUCCAUAUUUGAUCUGGAUUUAUGCGUGAUUCAUCAUGAAGCUGUGCGUCAACUAGUCGUGCACAGCAAUUUAAAGGCAGGCUAUUCCGUCCCAUCCAGUAUCGCCGAGGUGGGUAUAACUCGUUUCUCCUCUUUCUGUCUCCAGGAAGGCAAGACGAGAGCGUCUCUCACACACGGAGCAGUCUCUUUCCAGGGAACGCUUUCUUUUUGUAUCACGUCUCAUACAAAGUAAGGAAAAGGACCAACGAUGCCUAAAGCGGUCAAUGUUCGCGUCACCACCAUGGAUGCGGAGCUGGAGUUUGCAGUCCUGCCCAGCACCACGGGCAAGCAGCUCUUCGACCAGGUGGUGAAGACGAUCGGCUUACGCGAGGUCUGGUACUUUGGGCUCCAGUACACAGACGGCAAAGGUUACCCAACAUGGCUGAAACUGGAGAAAAAGGUGGCGUCCCAGGACAUCAAGAAGGAGAACCCUCUGCAGUUCAAGUUCCGGGCCAAGUUCUUCCCCGAGGACGUGUCGGAGGAGCUGAUCCAGGACAUCACCCAGAAGCUCUUCUUCCUGCAGGUGAAGGAGGGCAUCCUCAGCGAUGAGGUCUACUGCCCCCCCGAGACGGCCGUGCUGCUGGCCUCCUACUCGGUGCAGGCCAAGUUCGGAGACUUCAACAAGGAGGUCCACCGGUCGGGCUACCUCACCUCGGACCGCCUGCUGCCACAGCGAGUGCAGGAGCAGCACCAUCUGUCCCGGGAGCAGUGGGAGGAGAGGAUCCAGGUGUGGCACGAGGAGCACCGGGGCAUGCUCAAGGAGGACGCUAUGCUGGAGUACCUGAAGAUCGCCCAGGACCUGGAGAUGUACGGCGUCAACUACUUUGACAUCAAGAACAAGAAGGGCACGGAGCUGUGGCUGGGCGUGGACGCGCUGGGCCUCAACAUCUACGAGAAGGACGACAAACUGACCCCCAAGAUUGGGUUCCCCUGGAGCGAGAUCCGGAACAUCUCAUUCAACGACAAGAAGUUCAUCAUCAAACCUAUUGACAAGAAAGCCCCGGACUUUGUGUUCUACGCGGCUCGCCUGCGCAUCAACAAGCGCAUCCUGCAGCUGUGCAUGGGCAACCACGAGCUCUACAUGCGCCGCCGCAAGCCCGACACCAUCGAGGUGCAGCAGAUGAAGGCCCAGGCCCGGGAGGAGAAGCACCAGAAGCACCUGGAGCGCGCCCAGCUGGAGAACGAGAAGAAGAAGCGGGAGGCCAUCGAGAGGGAGAAGGAUCAGAUGGAGCAGGAGAAGCAGGACCUGGUGAUGAGACUGUACCAGUUUGAGGAGAAGACCAAGAAGGCAGAGAGAGAGCUCCAGGAGCAGGUCCAGAGGGCCAUGAUGCUGGACCAGGAGAGGCAGCGGGCGUCGGACGAGGCGGCGCGGCUGGAGAUGGAGAGGCAGGCCGCCCUGCUGGCCAAGGAGGAGCUGGCCCGCCAGGCCGAGGACCAGAUGAAGGGCCAGGAGCAGCUGGCUGCAGAGUUGGCCGAGCACUCGGCUAAGAUCGCUUUGCUGGAGGAAGCCAGGAGACGCAAGGAGGAGGAGGCAGACACGUGGCAGCACAGGGCCCGCGAGGCCCAGGACGACCUGCUGAAGACCAAGGAGGAGCUGCACAUGGUGAUGUCGGCGCCGCCCCCGCCCCCUCCCCCGCCCAUGAUGUACGAGCCCAUGGCGGUGAUGGACGACUACAGCGACAGCGAGGAGAAGUCGAGCACGCACAGCGCCGACCUGCACUACGACGAGAUCAACGACCACCGCUACGAGGAGGAGCGCCUCACCGAGGCCGAGAAGAACCAGCGUGUGCAGAAGCAGCUGAUGGCGCUGACCUCUGAGCUGGCCCAGGCCCGCGACGACACCAAGAAGACGCAGAACGAUCUGCUCCACACGGAGAACGUGCGCGCCGGACGCGACAAGUACAAGACCCUGAGGCAGAUCCGACAGGGCAACACGAAGCAGAGGAUCGACGAGUUUGAGGCCUUAUAAGGCCCCCGACCCUUCCCCCCCCCCCCCCCAACACAACCACCCCCCACUGCCUCUGCCUCGGCCCGGCCCCCGCACCAUGGUCACACCAACCUCCCCUUCUGAUUGGUCGCCUCGCUUUGCGCAACUAGGCCCUUCUAGUCUCCUUGGUGCACAAUCACUUGUGCAAAAACACACACACGCACAUGUGCAGACACACGCACACACACACACACACACACACACACACACAUAUGCAGAUACGUAAACACUCAUGCACACCUAUACACAGGUACAUAAACUCACAGGAACCGAAUGCAUGUCACGUGUAGUGUGUGCACACGCACGCACACACAUACACACACAUACCGGUCGCACAUAGAUCACACUGUGGCACACAGAUAAGACUCCUCCGAAUACUGAAGCAGUAUGAGCAGAACGGCAGAUGUUCCUCGACGCCUGCCCUUCACAGAUGAUGGAAGCUCUCUAUUUUUUUGGUCUGCUAGGCAACACACAAGGCUUCUAUAAAUACGUAUAUAUUAUUACAAAAAUAACGUAGUGCCAAAUCCUUUUUCCUCUCUAGAGUCUACAAUCAUAUUUGUGUUGUUUUUUGGAUCAUGUGUAAUCUUACAAGCUCGAAAUUCAUUUUAACCAGAGGUGUGAUGAAAUUGUGGGGGGAAUAGCCAAAUUUAUUAUUUUUGUAAUAUUCCAUUAUGUGCACAUAGAUAAUGUAAUCAGAGUCUUGCUUCUUUGCAAUGUUUAUUCAUGUUUGUUGGAAGAGGUGUGAGUGAGACCUUUCACCGGGACAGCUUAUGAAAAGGGAAGGAGUAGAGAUAGUCUUGUUUUUAAAUACUUCCAUUCAUGUUUUAAUACAGCUCUACCGUUUCCUUAAGUCAUGCUUAGUUUGAUAUAUUUAUACUGUAUAUGGGACAUUAAGAAGGGUUUUUCAUCUUUCACCGGUUUGUAUAUUUCUUUGUUUAGUUUUUGUUUCCAUUUUUACGAAUGACAAUGAGGACGAAUGUGCUUCAAACAUUCUAUAUAUUGACCAGCUCCAUAGGUUAUGUACCUUGUUAGAUUGCUAAAUGAAUGAGGUAUAACUGUAAAUUAUUAUUUUAUACAUGAAGGCAAAUUCACGCCAUUAAAUCAGUUCAGCUAAACUUCUAGCUAGGUACUUGGUCAGCGCUAGCGGUCCACAGCGUAGCAUUCAGCGGUCUCCACAGCGUCCUCCAGAUAGCAGCGGCCACUGUUGAUUGGGUGAAACAUCUGGGUCUUGUGUUUCUGUCUCCCUGUUCUUUGAUUGGACCGUUUAUUUAUCUGUUCCAUCCCCAAAGGGGCCUUCUCCUCUGAACCCUACAAGAGGUUUGGAUUCCUUCACUCGACGCAAAGACACAAAUGAUUUCCUUUAUCUUUAAAGUUCAAACAUUGGUUGUAUCCCAUUAUCUGGGGACAGAGAUUAAAAUGAAUAAAGAUGAUCAGAAAGAUGUGUUAAACUGUACGUCACAAUGAGGGGUAUCCAGGUACCUUAGUCAUGGAACAGUGAAGAAUGAGGUGGUUGAUUGCUCAUUUUACACUGACCCAACCCGUUGUUGUUUUUAUCUCUUGAAGAACAGAGGAGUGAAAUGUCCGUCCAAGACCAUAGGCCAUCAAGUAUCAACCAGACAUCGACGUGUUUCCCUCCCCUCUAAAGGAGACACACAGCUCUGCAGGACUUUGCAUUAGAACAGGAUUUUUGAAUGAGAUGUUCAGCUUAUCGACAAUAAAAUGAAAAUUCUCCAAUGAUCUCGCUGUUGUGUUUUAAUCUUUGUAAGCAAAUGAAAUCAGAAUGGAUUGUGUGUGUGGGGGGCUAUAUGCGUGACCAUCUGGAAGCCUUCCUGGUGUGGUCUGUGUGUGUGCAACAUGGUGUGUACUAUUAUGUAUGAGUUUGGUACAAGCUACUAAGAACACAUCAUCACACGCUUUCCUGGUUUACGUGUUUGUUAUAUUGUGUAUAAUAGUGUGUGUGUUAUAUGUUUAAUAUGAUGUGGGUGUCUUAUAUCGUGUAUACUAUAAUGUGUGUGUUGUAU